UGAUAUGCCAAGAUUUGCUGAACCAGUUGCCAAUGUGACGGUAUCCUUGGGUCGUGAUGCUCUGCUGGCAUGUGUUGUGGAAAAUCUGAAAAAUUACAAGGUUGCCUGGGUUCGAGUUGACACCCAAACCAUACUCUCGAUUCAUCACAAUGUCAUUAUACAAAAUAAUCGUAUUAGUUUGACAUACAAUGAUCAUCGAUCGUGGUAUCUGCAUAUCAAAGAGGUGGAUGAAAGUGAUCGCGGCUGGUAUAUGUGUCAGGUGAAUACAGAUCCAAUGAGAUCGCGGAAGGGAUAUCUUCAAGUUGUUGUACCCCCCAUGAUUGUCGAGGGUAUGACCAGUCAUGAUGUUGUCGCUCGAGAAGGCCUCAAUGUAACGCUGACAUGUAAGGCACGUGGCUAUCCCGAGCCAUAUGUAAUGUGGCGGCGAGAGGAUGGUGAAGAAAUGUUAAUUGGUGGAGAGCAUGUUAAUGUGGUCGAUGGCGAACAUUUGCACAUUACCAAAGUGAGUCGACUUCAUAUGGCCGCAUAUUUGUGUGUUGCAUCGAACGGAGUGCCACCGUCCAUUAGCAGGCGGGUCAACUUAAGAGUUCAAUUCCCCCCAAUGCUCUCAAUACCCAAUCAAUUGGAAGGAGCCUACAUUGGCCAGGAUGUAACACUGGAAUGUCAUACCGAAGCAUAUCCAGCAUCAAUUAAUUAUUGGACAACGGAGAGGGGAGAUAUGAUUAUUUCAG